AUGCCCGUCCCACUCGGUCAAGACAAGGGCUCAGCGAAGAAGGAUCACUCUACAUCAGGCCCUCAUGGCAAAUCCAACGUCAACGAUCCGCUGUCGUCUCCCUCUACCAUCACUACAACUACAACCUCCGAGUCUCGAAACACUUCUCAGACACCAACAGUCCUAGGCCCGGGCCUUAUGACCCAGGCAGAGGUCGAUCGACUAUACGAGGAACGCAUGGAGGAGGAGUACGCGAAGCGAGAAGGGGGCGCUUGA